GCGCGUGCGCAGUGACCGUUCCUUUUCCCUCACGCUCCGGAAAAGAAGACUAAGAAGCCGAAGAGCGUCUUCCGCGCAUGCGCAGUAGUGUCGUUUUCCCCCAUCUUUUUUUUUUGGAGGCCUUCCCGCCAUUUUGUCUGAGGCAAAAACGGCGAAGAAGAAGAAGCAGCAGCAGCAGCAGAAUAGAUAUAUAUUCUCUCCUUUAUUACUAGAGCGGCUUUUCCUUCCGCACCGUCGGCGCUCCUCAUGAGAGGGAAAGGCCAGGUCUGAGGCGAGGAAGGAAGGAAGAGGGAUGGCGGCCCAAAGUGAGGCGACACCGGGCACCGAAGGCCCCGACGAAGCCUCCUCCUCCUCGGCCCCUUCCCCGGCAGCGGCGGCGGCGGCGGCGACGGUUGCAGCGGGGACCCGGCGCCUCUCGGAGCUCCGCGUCAUCGACCUCCGCGCGGAACUCAAGCGCCGCAACCUCGACUCCGGCGGCAACAAGAGCGUCCUCCUCGAAAGACUCAGAGCCGCGAUCGAGGAAGAAGGUGGGAAUCCUGACGAAAUCCCAGUGGCUUCGGAGACCGCUUCCAAGAGAACCCCCAAAAGAACCGUGAAAGGGCGAAAACCAGAGGAGGAAGGCGGAGACGACAACGGUUUGGAGGAGAAUUCGAGAGAUGAACAGGAGGAUGUUGAGGCGAGUUCGGACAACUUGCAGGAUUUCGACAUGAUGGAUAUUAGCGUCUUGGACGAAGCCGAAAUAGACAACUCCAGCGCCGUCGACGGCGGAGAGGACUACAGUUCUGAAAACAUCCUAGACUCUGAUAAAGACAACAUCGACGUUGAAAUGAAAGAGCCUCCAGAGCAGCUGAUGGAGAGCGAGGAGAAUGGUGAUGAACCUGAUGACCAGCUAGAAGCUGCCUCACCCGGUUUAGGUGCAGCGAAGGAUUUGGAAGAGCAGCACUCAGAGCCAGAAAAUGAGAAAAUGCUCGACAUUUUGGGUGACACUUGUAAAUCUGAGCCCCUUAAAGAAGACCCUCCUGAAGCGGAGCAGGCGCAAGAAAGGAAUGACCCGUUGGCGGGCAAAAAGGCAUCCGAGGAAGAGGAAGAAGAUGCGCUUGGCGGCGCCUCCACCGCUCAGCCGGAAGAAGAAGAGGCUUUAGAUUCGGAGAGCCAGUCAGGCCAAGAAGCCGAGAAAGAAGAGGAGGAAGCCAAGCACUUAGUUGUAGCGAAAGGGGAGCUGAGCGGACAGAGAGUUGAGGAAGCCAAAGUGGACUCUGACUCUUUAGCGGUAGAGAGCAGGAGUGGAGGUGGAGGUGGUGAAGGAGGAGGAGGAGGAGGAGGUGAGAGUAGCAGAGGAGCCCAGACUCUGGAAGCCAGUAGUGAGGAAACCGCGGAGACGGACGCAGGGCCCCAGGUGCUUAGCCCAGAGGCCGAGAAGAUGGAAGCCAAGGCUAAAUGUGAGGAAGAGUCCUCUGCCACUAAAGAGUCCUCUGCCAAAGAGGCUGGUGAUCAGAACACGAGUUCUGAUGAGACUCGAGAUGCAAAACUGGCUUCAAAAGAGGAGAAAGGUCGCAGUACUAGUAGUACCAGUAGUACCAGUACUGGUAGGAACUUCUGGGUGAGCGGUCUUGCUUCCACCACCCGAGCAACUGACUUGAAGACCCUCUUUAGCAAAUACGGAAAAGUGGUUGGUGCAAAAGUGGUGACCAAUGCUCGCAGCCCAGGCUCGCGAUGUUACGGAUUUGUGACGAUGUCCACGGCUGAAGAAGCCACAAAGUGCAUUGCCCAUUGCCACAAAACAGAAUUACAUGGGAAAAUAAUAUCUGUUGAAAGGGCAAAAAACGAACCAGCUACAAAGAAGCUUAUGGAUAAAAAGGACAGUGAAGUGAAGAAUGAAGGUUCACCUGGCGAGAGAUCUAGCAGUGUAAAAAAGAGCGAGAAGUCUGACCAAAAAGAGGAUGCUAAGAAAUCAGAAGAAAAAGAUGGAAAGGGGAAAGAGGAGCAAAAAUCUGGAUCAGCAGAUCAGUCCAAGGCUGCAAAAUCAGGAAGCAAAGGAACAGAAAGGACUGUGGUCAUGGAUAAAUCUAAGGGGGAGCCUGUUAUUAGCGUGAAGACAACAACUAGAUCAAAAGAGAGAAGUGUCAAGAGCCAAGAUCGCAAAUCAGAGAGCCGAGAAAAGAGCCGAGAGAGGCAAGGGAGCGUGCCUGCCAGCAAAGCGAAAGACAAACGACUGAGUGAGGAACAACACCGAAGUGCCCGUGAUCGUCGGGAUAGACAGCAGCGCUUGCAAGCCAUCUGGGAGCAAGAGGAGAGGGAGCGGCUAGAGAUUGCCCGGGAAAAGCUGGAGUUUGAACGGGUGCGCCUGGAGCGGGAGCGGCUGGAGAGGGAGCGCCUGGAGAGAGAACGCAUGCACAUCGAACGCGAGAGGAGGCGGGAGCAGGAGCGCAUCCAGCGCGAGCGAGAUGAACUGCGGCGGCAGCACGAGCAGCUCCGCUACGAACAGGAGAGGCGCACGGCCCUGCGGAGGCCAUACGACCUGGAUGGGAGGAGGGAUGACCCAUUCUGGCCAGAGGCAAAACGGAUGGCGAUGGAUGACCGCCACCGCUCAGAUUUUAACCGCCAGGAUCGAUUCCAUGACUUUGAUCACAGAGAUCGUGGACGGUACCAAGAUCAUGCCCUGGACAGGAGAGAAGGCUCACGAGGAAUUAUGGGAGAGCGAGGCACACCGCACUAUGCAGACGAACGCCACCGGGGCCUAGAUCGCGACUUGCGGGAUGGCUGGGGCAGCUAUGGUUCUGACAGGCGCAUGAGUGAAGGGCGGGGAAUAAUUCCGCCAUCCCGGGACGGACGUGACUGGAGGGAUCACACUAGAAAAUUUGAAGGUCACCCAGACCGCUCCUGGCAAGGCAGUGAUGACGGGGGAGCCAUGGGACGGGAUCACGAGCGAUGGCGAGGUGGGGGAAGAGGAAGACGUGGCCGCAUAAUGCCACGAGGUGGAAUGUCUGGGCGGGGAGGAUUCCUGGCAAGCAGUCCGCAGGGCCAGCCAUCACACGGAGGGGAGGCACGGGGAGAAGGCUUCUCGGGACAAGACCGGGGAAACCGGCCCACUGACCCUCGAUUCAGCCGCCGCUAUUGAAUGUUUUAAUCGUUUGUUUCGUUCCGUUUUGUUUUUUUAAACCUGUACAAAUGGCAACAGAAAGGAGAAGGAAACCCAAGGAACACACUACUUAACUCAGUGCACCACUGACUGUGACUUUUUUGCGUUUUAGCGUCAUUGUUUUACUUCAUAAUAGCUCAAUCUGUGAAACCAUUUGGGGUUUUUGUUGGGUUUUUUUGUAUUGUGUUCCUGUAUUUGUGCUGCCUUUUCCCUGGCCACAUUCAUUCCUUUCCCCCGUUUAAAAUAAAAUGUGUUUCUUUUACGAGGCAUUCCAUUUUCUAUAAAUAAACAGUUUACAGCCACCUGGCUUGAUUUUCA